AUGUCAAAGAGUAACAAAACGACAGAGGAUUCCGAAAAUAAGAGUAGUUUUGAUACUCAAUUAGUUAUAAUGGAGCAAAAACGCAAUGCGAUAUUUAGCUAUCUACAAGAAAUUUUUGAUAUGUCAAAAAAUGUUAGUACUAGACCUUCAUUACGGGAGGACUUCCUCGACGCUAGUUCUAACAUAGACACAUUGCGUUCCGAAUUUAACAAAAUAGUGGAAGACUAUAACAGUCGCUUAUUAUUGCUAAACCCUUCAGCGAAACCGGAGUUCGGUAGCCUAACGUCAUUUGAACGCCUAUACAGCCGAGUUAAGCGUUUAGUCUCUGAGUAUACGGGAGGUGAAAAAAUUGCAAAGGAUGAUGACCCGCGAAGACUGAAACCUUACUUACCUCCGAUUCAAUUGGUAUCGUUCGAUGGUUGCGACUUGAAGGCAUGGAGUCUGUUUUCUACAAACUUCAAAACAAUCAUACAUGAGAACCAGACUCUUACCGACGCCGAAAAGUUAUACUACCUUAUGGGGAAAUUAUCCGGAAAGGCCAAAUUGGCCUGCGCUGGAAUCACGCCAUCCGCGGAAAAUUAUCAACUAAUUUUCAAAACGUUAGUUGAUAAAUUUGAAGAUAAACGUUUUUUGGCAACUUCGUACUUAGAUCAAAUUUAUAAUAUUAAGGCGAUGUCAAACGCGACUCCGACCAACCUUGAAAAUUUUUUGGACACUUUUGCAUCGUCGGUUGCCGCGCUUAAAAAUUUAAAUUUAGACAAUCUGGCUGACUUCUUAUUUUUAUAUCUCGCUCAAAAGAAGUUAGAUCCGGAAACUGUCCGCCUCUUCGAGUUAAAUAAACAUAAUAGCGACAUACCUUUGUAUGACGAUUUUGUUGCUUUCCUCCGCGAACAUAUUAAGGUAUUACAACGCACUUCUGGGAAACAGGAUGUUCCGAAAGGUGCUGAACGAAAAGCGGAUACGGCUUCUAAGCCACACAAACCGCCCAAGUCGACGCAUACAUAUACCACUACCGCGACUACGCCUGUACAGAAUUUCUGCUCGCUCUGUAAUUCACAACACGAGCAUCUUUAUAAUUGUUCCGCUUUUCAUAAGAUGUCUGUUGAAGAUCGUUUCAAGUUUGUUAAGGCGAACAACCUUUGUAUAAAUUGUUUUGGGAACCACCGGCUAGCUUCUUGUUUCAGUAAGUCGCGGUGUCGCUGGUGUGCAUCUCCUCAUCACAGUAUGAUCCACAGGAAUUCCGCCAAUGUAAAUUCCGCAAAUUCCGCAUUUGUAAAUUCUGCGUCUGCUAGUGCCACUCCUUCGCAGAAGGCGCCCGGUGCUACCGUGCACCAUCCUGCUACUACCAGCACUGCUGGCAACGACACCAGUAAGUCACAAUCUUCGGAUUUACCCGCACGCUCCAAUGACGUAUCGAUUUGUUCAUUGUCGAGUUCUAAUAUCUCUCGCUCACCAACUACGGUGCUGCUCGCCACCGCACGCGUUAUUGUCUUCGAUGCCAAAGGGAAAGAAUAUUCUGUGCGCGCAUUAUUGGACAGUGCUUCACAGAGUAACUUCGUCAGUCGUAGUUUAUGCGAACGCUUAGGGUUACAAGCAAGUAAGAAUCCAAGCUGUUCGGUAGUUAAAGGGAUUGGAGGUACAACCAAACCGAUUCAAGGCUCAGUUUCGAUAAGGUUCUUUUCUAGGUUCGAUCUCAGCGUUUGUUUCGACAUAGACUCGCUCGUUGUAGACAAGGUCACAGAACGCUUGCCCACAGUCCCCGUAGAUAUUGCGAAUUUAAUAAAUUUCAAUAAUUUACCUUUGGCAGACGACACCUACUUCAUUCCAGGAGACAUUGAUCUGCUGGUUGGAGCCUCAAUAUUUCCGCAUCUCCUGUUGUCACGUAAGGUUCAAGGUCAAUCUGAUCUUACCUCGCCGCUAGCUCUGGAAACGGUGUUAGGCUACGUUAUCGUCGGCUCUGCUCCUGUUCGUGUUGACAGUUGCGCGACGGUUUCUUACUGUUGUGCUACAGAUCCUCUAGACUCCGCCGUGCGUAAAUUCUGGCAGAUGGAAGAGGUGAACGCACCAAAAGCAUUAAGUCCAGAUGACACGGCGUGUGAAGAAAUUUAUAGGAACACGACCACUCGCGAAGCGGAUGGAUGGUACGUGGUCGCACUCCCUUUUAAGGGUGACGUACUGUCGUUAGGCGAUUCUCUUAAAAAGGCUAAAAAACGCUUCUUUUGCUUAGAGCGCAAAAUGUUAGCGUCGCCUAAGCUUAAAGAGGCCUACGACAGUGUGAUCCUGGAAUAUCUAGACAAAGGAUAUAUCUCCCGCGCAUCCCCGGACACGGAGGCAACGCAGAGUUUGCCAUCGUACACGAUUUCGCAUCAUGGGGUCAUAAGAGAAGACAAGUUGACCUCUAAAUUGCGCGUGGUUCUGGACGCUAGUUCCAAGACAACCACACAAGUUUCCCUCAAUGACAUUCUGUACAAUGGUCAGAAUCUGCAGGGCAACUUAUUCAAUAUUAUCGUUAAUUUCCGCUUAUAUGGUAUCGCUCUUUCCGCUGACAUUCGUCAAAUGUUCCUUUGCAUUGGAAUUCGUCCAUGCGAUCGAAGGUUUCAACGCAUUUUGUACCGCUUUUCCCCACAAGAACCUUUAAAGGUUUAUGAAUUUAACCGCGUUUGUUUCGGACUUAAGUCAAGUCCGUUUCAUGCUCUGCGUACAGUAAAGCAACUCCUUUUAGAUGAAGGUGCUUCAUACCCACGCGCUAAAGAAACCCUAGAUAUGGGAUUGUAUAUGGACGACUUCGUCUACAGCGUCGAUAGUGAACACGAUGCUAUCUCCACCGCUGCCGAAGUGAUUGCUCUCCUGAAAGCUGGUCAGUUUGACCUUGUGAAGUGGAUGAGUAAUUCACAAAAGGUUUUAGACGCAAUUCCGCUGUCUCAUCGUCUUUCCGCAGUUAAAGAAUUCGACGAUUCUGAACCACAUAAGGUACUCGGCUUAUGUUGGUCACCCGCUACAGACUAUUUCAGUCUUAAGAUUAGUGUUCCCGCUGAAUCAUGUACUAAACGUACAAUUUUGUCAUGUGUCGCUAGAAUAUGGGACGUCAUGGGUUUCGUUGCUCCCGUCGUCUUAUACGCAAAGCUUCUUAUCAAACAACUUUGGUUGUGCGAAUGUGAUUGGGACGAUGUACCUCCUGAACAUAUUAUUGAACAGUGGUCCCGUUUCAAGAAGGAACUACCCUUGCUAAGUGAAUUGAAAAUUCCACGGCAUGUAGGCAUCGUCACUGGCGAUAUCGUAACAAUCGUGGGGUUCGCGGACGCGAGCGAAAAGGCCUAUGGAGGAGUAGUUUACUUCCACGUAAAAGACGGCAGAGGCCUUCGCAGGAAUUCAGUAUUUUUGAUAACUGCUAAAUCCAAAGUCUCGCCUCGUAAAGUCGUAUCACUAGCACGAUUGGAGCUUUGUGCGAUCCUUACACUAAGCAGCUUAAUUACAAGGGUAGUUGAAGCCUGCAACAACCGCAUUAAUAUCGACCGCAUUCUCGCUUUUUCGGAUUCAACGGUGGCAUUGUGCUGGGUGCAUUCUUCACCUCAUCGCACUGAAAAUCCCGCCGAUUGUUUGUCGCGAGGUCUUACACCCGCACAAAUAAUUGAUCACCCGCUUUGGUUCUCUGGCCCUGAGUGGCUUGAAACGGAUCCAAAUCUUUGGCCUGUUACCGCUUUCAAUCCUUCCACAGUGUCACAGCCUCCGGAAGAAAAGAAACAUGUUCUUCUCGCUGCAGAAGGCAGCGAAGGAAAUCUAAUAAUUUCGCUCGCAGAUCGCUUCUCAUCAUGGUCGAAGUUUUUACGUUGUGUAGUUUACGUUUGUCGUUUCGCUAAGCUGCUACCGCGUCGUGAAACAGUGACUGCAUCGGAUCUGGAUUACGCUGAAAAUUUGAUUUUGCGUGAAAUACAGCACUCUUACUUCGCAAACGAAAUUGCCAAUUUACAAUCAGGCAAAUAUUGCAGCCCAACGUUUCAACGCCUCAAACCUUUCCUUCAGGAUAAAAUCAUAAGAGUUGGAGGUCGUUUGAGAAACGCCGAUAUAAGCUUCGAUACAAAACAUCCGAUCAUUCUGCCGCGAAAGGGUCAUAUAUUAGAUCUUCUGGUUGAUUAUCAUCAUAAAGUCAAUUGCCAUGCCGGUCCAGAUUUGUUGAUGUCCAUACUCCGUCAGAGAUAUUGGAUUUUAUCCGCUCGCAAUUUAAUUCGAAGCCGGGUACACAAAUGUCUACCCUGCUUUAGACUCCGCGCUAAACCAAAUUUUCCGGAAAUGGCAGAUCACCGCUCGUGUCGAGUUACGCCGGCCGUUAAGCCUUUUUUGCACACUGGCACUGAUUACACAGGCCCCUUUAAAGUGACUAUAUCUCGCGGCCGCGGAAUUCGACCAGCAAAGGCAUACGUUUGUCUAUUCGUGUGCUUAACCACUCGCGCUGUACAUAUAGAAGUUGCGAGCGAUUUAAGCACACCUAGCUUCCUCGGAGCAUUUAAACGCUUUCAGGCGCGCCGAGGCCUCGUCGCUCGCGUGCACUCUGAUAAUGCGACGAAUUACGUAUGUGCCAAGCGCACGCUAUCUGAAUUGCACGACUUUUUAAUGUCAAAACACUUCAGGUCUGAAUUUGGUCACAUACUUGCAGAAAACCGCAUCGAAUGGUCACUGAACGUUCCAACUGCUUGUCAUUUUGGUGGCAAUUGGGAGGCCAACAUUAAAAGUCUCAAAGCUCAUUUAUAUCGCGUGAUAGGCGACCAAAUUCUGACCUUGGAGGAGUUCAGUACUGUGCUUGCUCAAAUCGAGGCAGUCAUGAACUCUCGUCCAUUGUGCCGCACACUAUCGAGCGAUCCAUCGGAAUCUCUCGCAUUGACACCGGCUCACUUUCUCACCCUCACCCCUUUAAAAUACUUACCGGCUCAGGAGAUAGAAGAAGGUCCGUUACAUUUGCUUUCGCGUCAAGAAUUGAUCGAUAAACUUGUUCAGUCGUUCUGGAAACGAUGGAAGGCUGACUACUUACAUACGCUACAGACUCGAAACAAAUGGAACACUCCAACCAAUCCGAUCGCUAAGGGGGAUGUGGUAAUAAUCAUAGUCGAUAAUGCACCGCCACUUCACUGGCCGUUGGGGGUAAUUGAGGAAGCCUUUCCUGGAUCGAAUGGUGUCACGCGUAUUGUUCGCAUUCGUACCGCUACAGGAACAACUGAACAAACCGACUUCAAGGCAGAGGAAGAGCCAGGAGAGUUAAAGAAUGCAGGUACAAAAGACGAAUACAUUUCUUUCAAAGGAUCCUACAGCUGGGUUGGUCCGGAUGGUGGAUAUUACAACGUCACCUAUGUCACCGAUGAAAAUGGUUGCCAACAUGAAACUGGUCUCAGAGGGAUCCUUAGUACAGCUCUCUCUCCAGCAGUUGUAGCUAGCCUUCUUGGUUAA